AUGCCCCUAAAUGUCGUCGACGUCGACACCUUGCCGGUAAGCGUCCCGGCCAUCCUCGAUGACUGCUUCAACUACAUCCUAGCCCACGGCUUGAUCAAGGGCAUCUUUCGUGUCAGCGGCCUGGUUCGUCGCAUGAAGGCGGUUUCCUCUGACUACUCGAAUUACCGCCCGUGGCUAGAGGCCAAACCGCAGGCCCACGACGUCUGCGGCAUCAUCAAGAAGUACUUGUCCGACUACUUGGCUACCAUGAAUGGCCUCUUCUCCCAGCACCUGUUAGCCCUCCUCCGCCGCCGCUUCAUCUCCCACCGCCGGAGCGGCUCUGACUGCAGCAUAGACUCGUACAAAUCCGCCAACACAUCCUUUGGCAGCCUGUCGUUGUCGUCAGUGCCCGAGUCUGAGUCAUGUUCCUUCUCCAACGUCAGAGACGCAGACGUGCUCCUCGAUGCCGUGGCCCACCUACUCGUGACCAAGAACAUCUCUUCGAAAAACAACUUCUUCAUCUACCUCCUUUACAAGCUCAAGCAGUUGUCCCAGCACGAGGAUGCCACGAGCAUGUCGGUCGAAAACACCUCCAUCAUCUUCCAGCCCUACAUCUUCAGCACCCAGAACGUGGCUGACUUGCGCAUCCUCCAGGAUUUGCUUUCCUUCUUGGUGCUCCACUUCGACCUGCUUCUCCUGAAGUAUCAGUGCUACGUCUCCAUCUUGGGCGGUCUCGAGGACUUGGAGCUCGACAAUAUCUCCGUCUCAUCCUCCGAGGGCAACGCCGUCUCCCCUGCUACAGUCUAUUCCGAAAGCAGUUAUACCCCACGCCACAACUCCAAUGCGUCCGACAACCCCAUCUCCAACCCUAAACGCAAGUCGUCGAUCUCACGCAAGUUUAAUGGCCUUCUAGAAAGUUACCACCUCCCGGCUAACCGCUCCAAGCGCUUUUCUUUCAACUUCAGUUCUAGACACCAGUCUACAGAAAAGGUGACCUCCUCUGAGAACCUACGGCCCUCCACCAAUCACGUAGCCUCGCUAUACAGUGAUGUUGAGCCUACCGAUCCCGAUAAAACCGUCAAGGGCACCAGUGGGGACAUCCUUACGCCUCCAGCGGACGAGACGCUGACUUUCGACACCAAGGUGACUCUGCCAGGUGCUCAGCCCCCUGCCCCGAAAAGGCCGUCUCUUCCACAUAAGAAGUCAAACAACAGCAAAAGAAGAAGUUUGAUUUACUUGUUCAAGUCCUCCUCUUCAGUCAACGAUUGUGCCUUCCCCGCCCCCUCCCCUACCACGCCCAUCGACAAUGACUUUUCUAUUCUCAAAACAAAACACGCCGUGUCUGAUGACAACUUAGUCUCCAACACUGCCGUGACCCCUUCUCAGGAGCUCAAUCUGUUGGGCAGAAACCUAUCCUUGCGUGUUCGUGGCCGCAAGUAG